AUGAAGCUGCUCUGCUCGUUAUUGCUGCUGUGUUGUCUAGCUUCGGCUUUCAAUCCUUUCCGCAAUGAAGCUGAGAAAUCUUUGAGGAAAACUAUUUUUUCUCAGAACUUCAAUAGAAACAUCAGUCGUGUAGAGGAGAAGUUGCAAGCAAUGAAGGCGAAAUUUGCAAAGAAACUUAACGAAACCAGAGUGGAGAAGAACUCAAUAGUUAAACCUUCUGAGGAGAGAGAAAGUAAAAAAGUAGAGCUCAUCAAUGAGAAUGGCGAUAACGUUGAGGAAGUCAAUGAGAUAGCUCAAGUUGACGAGUUCCUUUACCAAAACGACAUCAUGCUCACAGAAGAGCAAAUCGAUAUGAUUAGUGAGGAUAAUCAACCAAUGAGCAGAUCAAAGAGACAAGCUUAUAGAGACAGAUACUACCCAAGAUUUUUAUGGACCAAUAAUAUUGUGUAUUACUAUUUCGACUCAUCUUGUAGUAACAUGAGAACAGUUUUCCAAAAAGCUGCCAAUAUUUGGGCUCAAUCAACAUGUAUAAGCUUCGUUCAAAGUUCAACAGCAACGAAUAGAAUAAAAGUGUUCAAAGGGCAAGGAUGUUACUCUUACAUUGGAAUGAUCGGCGGUGAUCAGGAACUUUCAUUAGGAAGCAACUGUGAUACUGUUGGAAUAGCUGCUCACGAAAUCGGUCAUGCUUUGGGCUUUUUCCAUCAGCAGUCGCGUCAUGAUAGAGACCAAUAUAUAACUUUAAGUGUCAAUAACAUUAGAGAAGCCAUGUUGGGACAGUUCGAUAAAGAAACUCAAAGCACAAAUAAUAACUAUGGAAUGCCUUAUGAUUAUGGAAGUGUAAUGCAUUACGGAGGAAGAAGUUCAUCCAUCAAUGGAAAUCCAACGAUGACUGCUAAGAAUGCUAAUUACCAGAGCACCAUGGGCUCUGACAUAAUUGGUUUCUAUGACAUGUCAAUGAUCAAUACACACUACAACUGCAGAAAUAACUGCUCCGCUGCAUCAUCAGCUAAAUGUGUUAAUGGCGGCUAUCCUAAUCCAAAGAGUUGCCAAGCUUGUGUUUGCCCCGGAGGAUAUGGAGGAACACUUUGUGAUGCUCGUCCUUCCGGAUGCGGUUCAGAAUUGACACCAACUACUGCAUGGAAAACGUUGAAGUCAACGAUGGGCAAUGGACAAACUGUACCUGAUAUAUCAUUCUGUAACUAUUGGAUCAAGGCUGCUUCUGGACAGAAGAUCGAAGUUCGUAUGAAAUCGUACAGUGGCGUUAUGACCGAUGGGUGUGUUUAUGGAGGUGUAGAAAUUAAAUCACAAGAUGAUGCAUCAAUGACUGGCUAUCGUUUCUGCUCCAAUGCAGAUAAAGACAAAAGUUUCAUUUCCAAGUCAAAUAUUGUUCCAGUCAUAAUGUAUGAUAGAUAUGGACGAACAACAGUCGAAAUAGAAUACCGUUUAUCUGGAGCGACCUCAUCACCAACAUCUGCAACUACUUCAACACCUGGUUGCACUGAUAACUCUGUCAAUUGUGCCAAUUGGACAGCAAAUGGUUUUUGUACAAAUUCGUUCUAUACGGUAGAACAACGUAAAUCAUAUUGCGCUAAGAGUUGUCGUUACUGCUAA